GAGCCUCUGGUAAGCUCCUGUGACCCGUGCAUCCCUUUGGAGAGGAAGAAGAGGGAGAGGCCUGCUUUCUCUGGAAUCCAGUGGUCACAUCCCCACCUGAAUGCCCACCUCAGGUGUCGUCAACAUGGAGUUCUGAAGUCCCUGUGGUUCCUCACAGUGAACCAGGUCUUAAGGAAAAUGCAGAGACGCCACAGCAGCAACACGGAUAACGUUCCACCUGAAAGAAAUCGCAGUCAAGCGCUCAGCUCUGAGGCGAGUGUGGACGAAGGCGGAGUCUUUGAGAGUCUGAAGGCAGAAGCGGCCUCCCCGCCAGCGCUCUUCUCCGGCUUAUCGGGCCUCCCGACAGGCAGCCUCCCCGCCACCCCUUUCCCGUCCAGCCUGGUGUUGGGGGCCGCGGCGGGCGGCGGGGACGUGUUCCUCCAGAUGCCCACAUCCAGGGAGGAAGGUGGGGGCCGUGGUGAGGGGGGCGCCUACCACCACCGCCAGCCCCACCACCACUUCCACCACGGCGGCCACCGCGGGGGCUCCCUGCUGCAGCACGUGGGCGGGGACCACCGCGCGCACUCCGACGAGGCGGGCGACGAGCAGCCGGGGACGCCUGCGCCGGCCCUAUCCGAGCUGAAGGCUGUGAUCUGCUGGCUCCAGAAAGGGCUGCCCUUCAUCCUCAUCCUCCUGGCCAAAGUGUGCUUCCAGCAUAAGCUUGGCAUUGCCGUGUGCAUCGGGAUGGCCAGCACCUUCGCCUAUGCCAACUCCACACUCCGGGAACAGGUCUCUCUAAAGGAGAAGAGGUCGGUGCUGGUCAUUUUGUGGAUCUUAGCCUUUCUGGCGGGGAACACCCUGUAUGUGCUCUACACGUUCAGUUCCCAGCAGCUGUAUAACAGCCUCAUAUUCCUGAAGCCCAACCUGGAGACGCUGGACUUCUUUGACCUGCUGUGGAUCGUGGGCAUCGCAGACUUUGUGCUCAAGUACAUCACCAUCGCCCUCAAGUGCCUUGUCGUGGCCCUGCCCAAGAUCAUCCUGGCCGUCAAGUCCAAGGGAAAGUUCUAUCUGGUCAUCGAGGAGUUGAGCCAGCUGUUCCGAUCACUCGUUCCCAUCCAGCUGUGGUAUAAAUACAUCAUGGGUGACGAUGCCUCCAACAGCUACUUCCUCGGAGGGGUCCUGAUCGUUCUCUACAGCCUCUGCAAGUCUUUCGACAUUUGUGGCCGCGUGGGUGGAGUUAGGAAAGCCCUGAAGCUUCUCUGCACCUCUCAGAAUUAUGGAGUCCGGGCCACUGGGCAGCAGUGCACAGAAGCUGGUGAUAUCUGUGCUAUCUGCCAGGCUGAGUUCCGAGAGCCUCUGAUCCUUAUGUGCCAGCACGUGUUCUGUGAGGAGUGCCUCUGCCUCUGGCUGGACCGUGAGCGCACCUGCCCGCUCUGUCGCUCAGUUGCCGUGGAUACCCUGCGCUGCUGGAAGGACGGGGCCACUUCGGCACACUUCCAGGUGUACUAGGGCUGAAGACUGCAGCAUCGAUGCUCCCAGGCACACCAGGGAGAUGACGGAGGGUCAGCGGUGUUGGGUCCAACUCCGGGGGCUUCCUGGGAAUAAGUCCUCAAGCACUGACUGUCCUCCUUCCUGCCUCUCUCCAUCUCUUCCUCUAAAGCCAGGCCCCUGUCCCCUUCCCCACCUUCACCUUCCUCUCUUGUUCGGAUCAUGGUGUGUGCAUCCUACCCCUACACAUGGGGAUGCCUUCUCACUCAGACUUGGCCUCCACCUAUGUAGGUCUCCCACUUCCCUCCAAGUCAAGGAACUGGUAAUGGACCAAGUCCCACCUGUUGAUUAUUUUAACUCGUGGUGACCUAAUACCUGAUGCUGCAAACUAGAGAGAGGCCUGGAGAUACUGUCUCCCCCUAAAUGGCCCAAGUCCGCAGAUGAGAAUCACUGUGAAGUAUUUUCCAAAUACAAAUGCUGGGCCCCACCUUAUACCUACAGUAUCUACGUGUACCAAACACUUAGUGUGAGCCGGGCACAGCAUUGAGCCUCCUGCCCGGACGACCCCCUGUAAUCCUCACAAGAGCCCUAUGGCGGAGGUACUGUUGUUUCCUUCGUUUCACAGAUGAGGAAACUGAGGCUUAGAGCUCCAUGUGGAAACUUUCCCAGGGUCACCCAGUGAGCAAUGAUGGACCAAGUUUCCAACCCGGGCCUGUCUGGCUUCGGAGCCUGACUCUUAACCACAUGCUGACCCCACUGCUCAGACACUUAAGGUGUGGGGCCUCCCAGACAUGUUUCUUUAAAAGCACAAGAGGUGAUUCUGACGCCCGUCAGUGGCUCAGGUGCAUAGCACGUUCGAUUUGGACUGCACUGAGAAUGCUAAUAGUGAACACUAGCUCCUGAAAUCUAGUCACGGUUGGGUCCAUGGAAAGACUUGGUCCUUAAAAUUGCUGUUUAGCUGGACUCUGGCGGGGAUGCUCCGUCGUGACUGGCUAUCAAGAAAGGCCAGCUCUGGUGCAGAUGCAGAUGUCAUGGGGUGUCCGCUCCCAUCUUUAUUUCUCUCCUCCUCCUUUUGUCCUGUCCCUCACUUAAGACUCAGGCUUGUCAACAGCUCCUGUGGCCAUUGCCUUCUCCCCUGGUAGCCUUCAGAGCAAAAGGCAUGAUCCAUGUUAUGGAUUUUUCCACAAGCCAGGGUGGUGGUAUACAGCACAGCAGUGAUCAGUGUUUCUGGAAUCUCUAUGCCAGAGCUACUAAUCUCUGUAACACAACAAGUUCUCCACCCAUGAGACCCUCCCUGCUCUGAAAUCUGGGAGGAGAAGGCACAGGUGAUCCCUUAGAAGCCACUGGAAUCUUGUCUGCCCUACCCACCUCCCAACUCUAUUCUCUCAUUGUCAACCUCAGCACAACAGGCUAGCUAGCGCCAACGGCAUUACAGAGAAAGCAAUCUGUGUGAAUACUGAGCAGAUUGGCGAGAAAGCCCCAGGAGAAAUGGUGGGAGCCUUGCUGCCACCUCACUCUCAGCCAGUAUUCACAUGCCCAUCCUGUCCCCAAGAGAUUCAGAACAUUCACCCCUGUGUGCUGUCAAGCCAGGACCUUUUCCUUUGCCUGACAUCCCUGGCUAUUUCCUGAUACCCAGCAAGACAUCCCUUCCAGGGCAGCGUGGCAUCUUUCAAGCUCUGUUACUAUGGCAAUGGCCUCGAUGUUAAAAUCCCACUUGCGUGGAUAAUCAGCUCGGAAGGGGAAGUGGAGGGAAAUGGGGCCGGGCAGAUUCGGCUGCUCUGUACCCCCUGCCUUGAGGAAGAACUGAAGGGAAGCAACAGGAGCUUCUGCAACUGGUUUUUAUCAGAAAGAUCGCCUUGCCUGCAGAUGCCAUCAAAGAAGUAUGAGAAAUUGCAGCUGGAGAAGACUUACUUAUUAAAGUGCCAGCAUGUGACAGAGCAGAUAGAUCAGUCUGUUGGGAGUCAGGCCUGGAAUUCUGAUUCCAAACUCUGCCGUGACUUUGAGAAGUCACUUCACCUCCCUGUAGCCAUGGCCAGGGUGACAAAGCCUAGUGUAUUAUCUACUGGAACCAGGGAAACUAACAAUGUAGAUUACUGGUGAAUACCCCAAUGGUUUUGUCAGUUACACUCACGCCACCAAAAAAAAACCUCUAACAUUCCACAAAUAAUGAGCCAUGUCUCUGACACUGUAAAGAGUGUCACAUGUGGGGAACACUCGGGGGCAGGUGAGAUGAUUUAGUUUAGGAUUUUAUUUAUUCAUUCCCUACCCUCUGGGGGGAAAGUCAUGUCUGGAGGUUUUCUUUUGGGUGGGAGGAUUUAACUUCUGCUUUAGGGAGGAACAGUGGCCAGGGCAGAGGUUUCCAAACAUAAAGCAGCAUGUUUUCCCUAGCACGAGUUUUUAGUAGAAGCAGCCAAGAGCCACCGUUGGAAAGGAAGAACAAUGCCACUCUCUUUUACCUGUCCCGGCUCUGCAACUCAUUUGUUAGAAGCAGGAUUAAUCGAGUGUCAGGUCGGAGAAUCCUGUUCUUAAUAUUUUAUGACUCACUGACUCAAGUUCCACGAAGCCUUUGGAAAUGGCCCUCCUAACGUAAAAGGUCUUGACCAUAAUAAAUAUGAGAUGAAAAAAGCAAGCUCUGGACCUGGAUGUAAUAGGUUCAUUACCUUCCUAAGGGGAGCGUGUGAGAGCCACUGGGAGACUUCCAGGCUGCCAAGACUUGGGGUUGGAAAGAGAAAAUGUAAAAAGCGAGUCCUGGAAUCUUUUAGUACUUUUGCUCUGGGCCAAACAGAGCUGCCUUUGGUGUUUUUAAUGUCCCCUUAAGUUCCAUUCUGCCAAUAAAUAUGA